AUGAUCAAUAAGUCAUAUCUCCGUCGAACAGUCCGUCGUAUCACCAGAAGAAACCCAUUGGAUCUCCGUGUCUACUUCACACCAACCAAGAAACUCUUCUGUUUCUUCCCCAACGGACUCAAACCGGAAGCCAUUGAUUUGAGUGUCCCAACACCAGACUACACAGACCCAUCCGGUGGAUACAGACAUUUUUUGAAUCUGGUCACCGAUCGCUUCCACAUCAAAUCAAUCUUUUUCCAUAUUGACGACUCAUCCGACUUCCGAGUUAUGGGAAUGAUGAAAGAGGCGGUGCUUAGGGGUCUUCAAUUAGGGGGACUAUUGAUCAGAGCUCGAGAACUUCCAUUCAGUGUCGCCUAUUUCCUAUCGAAGUGUACUCGGGAGGCGACUCUCCAGUUGUACUCCCCACAAUCCCGUAGCCUUCUUGUCCAUAACUUCUCCACUUCUCCCCUCCAAUGGAUUCGAGUUAGGGAGGGUGCUGGGGUGAGGUUGAGCACUCUGAUGAGUAUGAUGCAUUGUCGGAGAGUUGAGGUGUCGAGGGUCUUCAUAGAAGGUGACAAGUUGAAUAGAGUCAUCAGAAGAUGGAUGAGACAACCCGAUUAUCGAUUGGAAGAGAUGGAACUGCGUUUUGAUCUACAUCGAUUGGAUACCAAUUGGAAGAUUAUGGAGGGAAUCGAGGAGGCUGUUCGAAUGGAUGAUAACUGUUACAGUAUCCAGAGAAGCGAUGGAGUCAAGGCUACCGUAUUCUUCACAGAGCAAUUGUUUUUGAUGAAAGUUUAUGGAAAUUAA